UCCAAGAUGGCGGCAUGAACUGCAAAUCGAGGGUUCCAAAGUCUUAUUUUAGAAAAAUUAGUCCAUUAGUCUUAAUGUUCUUAGAAAGGUGUGGUUUGUUAUGGAGUUACUUGAGGGCCUGAGGCGAAGAAAAGGGUCUGUUAAUGGAGGAAAAGGCGCGAAGAAGGUUGAGGAAAUAAAAUUUUGCGAUCAAAAGGACUCUAAGGAAGUGUCAGCUGAGGCAAGGCGAACUGAUUUGGAACCUGGAACUUACUGGCUGACGAGGAUCGUGUUUCUGAGGUCACUUAGCUUUAUUUAUUUUGUGGCUUUUGCAGUUGCCUUGAAUCAAAACAAACAGUUGCUAGGAAAAAAUGGGCUUCUUCCAUCAGACUUAUAUCUGAAAAAAAUUGAUGAACAUUUUGAUGAUGCUGGGUGGACAAAAGUCCUUCAUGUUCCAACCUUGUUACUCUUCACUGACAAAACCAAGAUUGACGAGCAUUUGGACAUUUUGGCAUAUACUGGGAUGUUCUUCUCAGGACUCAUCCUACUAUCAGGAUGUGCAAACAUGAUUAUUAUGGCCUUACUGUGGGUUCUCUAUCAUUCUAUUGUCAACAUUGGGCAAAGAUGGUACUCAUUUGGUUGGGAAUCGCAGCUUCUUGAGACUGGUUUCCUAGCUAUCUUUUUGUGUCCAGUGUUUAAAUUACAGCAAGUACCCAGUUACACACCGACACCUCUGGUGGUUGUGUGGGGAUACAGAUGGCUUAUCUUUCGCAUUAUGAUUGGUGCUGGACUGAUCAAGAUAAGAGGUGACCAAUGCUGGCGGGAUCUGACAUGUAUGAACUAUCACUAUGAGACUCAGCCAGUGCCAAAUCCUAUGAGUUAUUUUAUGCACCAGUCUCCAGAGAUAUUCCACAAGUGUGAAACUUUGGUCAAUCAUUUCAUUGAGUUGGUGGUUCCAUUUUUCAUCUUUCUGACAAGAAGAUUUCGAAUUUGGUGUGGCAUUUUACAAAUUCUUUUUCAGGUUAUUUUGAUCAUCAGUGGCAACCUGAGUUUCCUAAACUGGCUGACCAUUCUUCCCAGUCUCCUGUGCUUUGAUGACAAAAGCCUGGCUUUCUUGUUCUCUUCAUCAUCAGCCAAGAGAGAAGUGAUUAGAAUACAGCAUCUCCAAAAGACUGGUGCAACUGCGUCAAAACCCACCUGGGGUCAUUGUGUUCGUCGUGUGUUUGAGCUCAUGCUUGGAGUCGUGUUAGCUUAUCUUAGUAUCCCUGUGGUGCAGAAUCUUCUGUCCUCUCGACAAGCCAUGAACACAUCGUUCGACUCUUUCAGGAUUGUGAACACUUAUGGCGCCUUUGGAAGUGUAACAAAAGAAAGAACCGAAGUGAUCUUCCAAGGUACUAGAAAUUUGACAGUAAUACCGGAUGAAGAAGGCGGGAUCUGGGAAGAAUAUCAGUUUAAAUGCAAACCGGGUGACCCCCGCAGGCGGCCUUGUCUCAUUUCACCUUAUCACUACAGACUGGACUGGCUCAUGUGGUUUGCAGCUUUUCAGAACUUUCAGUACAACCCUUGGCUGAUACACUUGGCAGCUAAACUUCUUGUAAAUGAUGAACAGGCCACUUCAUUGAUAGCUCACAACCCAUUCUCUAAUGGUACACCUCCACUAGUUAUUCGUGGUGAACGCUACCUAUAUAAAUUCACAAGAAUUGGGAGCAAAGAAGCACGUUCUGGACUCUGGUGGAAACGGACUAGAGUAGGGCCAUACUUUCCACCACUGGAAAUAACUUCACGAGCUGUUCGGGACUACUUGAAAUCUCACGGGUGGAGGGUGCCGAAACUAAAGAAGACGAACAAUGCCCCAAGAACUUGACUUUAACAGAACUGCAUAUGAUCUACCUUUAACAUUAACCUGUUAUACAUGAUACUAUCAAGGUCGUAAAGUACGGGUUUGUACUUUAUCUCUGAGACUUUGCGACUUUCUUUUUCCAGCUCCUCUCUGUUAAGAUUUAUGGAAACAAGUGGACUUAUUUGAAAAAAUUUGCGAGUUAGUAAAACAUUAAGAUUAUUUAGAUGUAGGAUUUGUUCUGCGAUAGCGACGCUGCAACAGGUAGCAGUAGCGUGUUCGCUUCGAGCGGUGAUUUUUAAUCCAGUCAUUUGAGGAACACCUCGUCGUACGAGAGCCAAUAAAAUAACAAAGACGAAAA